UAUAGCGAAGAUCUGAUGGCUCUCUAUCUCUCCUCCUUCCUCCCUCUCCUCUCCACUCCCUUCCAUUCUCCUCCCCUCAUGCUCACAACAUCCGGUGUGGCCCAUUGAUGAUCCUCAACACCGCCAUGAUGCAACCGCUGCUGCUGGAGCUGGAUCCACAGUCAAGCUCGAGUCUUCAAGGGCGCCUCCCUGUCUUCUGGAUCCAUGCAUCCACCACCCUAUCCACAUAUGCAUCCGCCCAAUGAUGAUGAUGCACGGGGAUGAACCUGUCUGAAUCUAGUGGUGAAACCCUGAUCCCAGCUGUUGGCGUCUCUCGGCACUACAAGUUCGUCUUGAGAGGGUGGCACGUUCAGUAGUGGACUUCGAUGGGCUCGGUGACAAACUUACCCGCCGUGUUUUUUAUUUAUUUAUUUUAAUUUUCAGAGACGUCACUUAUGCCCACCUAUAGACCUCGUGGUUAAUAAUGACGAUGUUGUAGAGGGGCAGGUGUAGACCCCGCGUAUAAUAGUGAGUUUGCAUUGCAUGUCUUAUUAUUGUUUAAUCCAAAUUCUGAACAGGGAUAUCAAUUAAUAUAUUUACACAAAAUAAUAGGCAGUGGGGCAUAUCAUGGAUGGCCACACUAGUAGUAAACCUUUCAGUGAUAAUUGGUGAGUCUACUAUAGGUAACGUUCUGGAACCGUCUACUCUAUAUAAUGAAAUGAUUUACUUUUGUUUCCAAGGCAUGCUCAGCACCUAAGAAAUUACAAACAGAAAUGAUUUGUAUCUAAGGAAUGAUAUUGUAUUGCUAAACAGGACCUAGAGAAAAUUCUAGGCACUAGGCAUAUCAUCGGUGAUGAUUGAUGAGUCUACUACAGUCUACAGUUUAGAGGUCGUCGUGAUGUAUUCGCCAGAGGGCCCUCAAAAUUAUAGAACCGACACUGGUGAAUAUAGGAGGCAAGGAGAAGAAGCGAUGGGCUACAUGCGGCUUGGUGAGUCGUUGGGCUAAGUUGGCAAAGAGCGUGGCAAAUGCACGUGGAUGGUUGGACCACUAGACGGACGAGUGCUCCUCGGGUUGAACAUUCUUUCAGUUCAAUUUAGGGGUGAAAUCAAACACCAAGCUAAAAACCGAAGCUCCUGAAUGUCAAAACCGAAGCCGAACCUAAAUACAGAUAUGUCCGCUCAGAAAUGUGCUGACAGUGAAAGAGAGGAAGGGGGCAUUGGCCAUUAUGAUUGGAUGAGAAAAUUGCGCUGGAGCCAAUGUACCAAAACAAUGCAAUCUUCUGGAGUCAUCCUCGAUCAUAUAACUCCACGUGUUGCUGGGCCCUUCGCUGCUGCUGCUCUUGCUCAUGCUCGCCACUAUAAAGCCAAGAAGACACCACAAGCAAACCGCAAAGCCAACACGAGAGAAACCAGUCACAAGCAAUGAGCUCGCGCGUCACCAAGUCGCUGCCUUUUCUCGUCGUCCCGUCGGAGGCCACGCCCGCCGGCGUCCUCCCCCUCACCGCCAUGGACAGAGCUCUUGCUUCCCUGCCCAUGGCAGCCCUGCUUGUCUUCGAGAACCCCAUCGAUCAGCCAGCCGAGAGCAUCAGGAGAGCUCUGUCCCGAGCGCUUGUUCUCUACUACCCAAUGGCCGGCCGCCUCACCAUCACCGGCGACCAGCUGAAAAUCGCGUGCACCGGCGAGGGCGUGGCGUUCGUUGGGGCGUCCGCGAGCUGCACGCUGCAGCAGGGCAGACUCUUCGGCCCGCAUCCGGUGGUCACCGUCGAGGACCUCACUAUGAACUACACCGCCCAGUACAGUACGGACCCGCCGUUGCUGCUGGUGCAGGUGACCGAGUUCUCCUGUGGUGGCUUCGUCGUCGGGGUGACGUGGAACCACGUCGUCACCGACGGCGCCGGGAUGGCGCAGUUCUUGCAGGCCGUCGGCGAGUAUGCCCGCGGCUUCCGUUCCCCUUCCAUCUUGCCGGUGAGGGUGGACCACGCCCUCCCUGAGCUUCCCCCGCCGAUAACCACCAUGACCAAGGCACUCGUCUGCAGCCAGCACAGCGACUUCCCGUCCUCCUACAUCACUGUUCCCCUUAGCUUCAUCGACCGCGUCAAGGACGAGUUCCGUCGUCGUCGUCACAGCAGCAGCGGCGGCGGACAGAUGGCGCCGGCGUCUUGCACCGCGUUCGACGUCUUCACCGCCACCCUAUGGAAGUGUCGUACGCGCGCGACGAUCGCCAGCGCCGCCAGCCAGGACGCGCCCACGGCGCUCGCCUUCACAGUGAACGUGAGGAAGCCGGCGAAGGCCAAGGAUGGCUACUACGGCAACGUCUUCGCCUUCGGCCUUGCUGCCUCGACGCUGCGUGAGGUCGCCGACGGCGACAUCCUGGACCUCGUGAGGCUGGUAAAGGACGCCAAGGCAAGGGUCCCAUACAUGUUUGCUGAUGGAGCGGCGUACAUCGCCGACGAGAUGAGCGGCCGGCUAAAUGGCCUCGACGGUUAUGACACCCUGUACGUGACCAGCUGGUGGAAUCUCGGCUUGGACGACGUCGACUUCGGCAGCGGCGGCGCUGAACGUGUCAUCGGGAACAUGGAGCGCAAGGUGGUGCCAGGCUGCAUCCUGUGUGGGAGGAAGGACAAGGCCGAGGGUGUCGCCGCCAUGGCGCUCUGUGUCAAGCAGGAGCACGCGGAGACCUUCCAUGCGGAGCUGCAAAGCCUCAAGUGAUGUGGAUAAUAUGAAUAUUGUCUUUUUAGUUUGUUAGUGCACACAAAAACGUAGACUCUUUGCCCAUGGAAUCGCGCAUAGAAAUCAGUUUAUUUUCCUUUCGUAUAGCAAACACAACAAUCAAAACUGGAGUACUUUUUUUUUAUGUAUGAGUGAGCCGUUCAAAUAAAACAUCAAUAAUCAGAACUUAA